AUGUUGAUCUCCACACUACCCGGCCCCGUCGAGGUCCCUGUCUCCUCUCGUGGGCACAGUAACGUUAAGAAGAUGCCAGAGUCAUCGUCGUCGACCACCCCAACAACAUCGGUCAAGCGCGCCUGCGAUGCGUGUCACAGACGAAAGGUCAAAUGCAUUGGCGAAGGGACGCGACCAUGCAAGAAUUGCACGUCGGCUGGUCUUGCGUGCACCUACAACGCAGUGCCGUUGAAGAAGGGCCCAAAAGGGAGCAGAGCAAAGGUCAUAUCUGAGUUGAGAGAGAACCAAAGACAAUCCCGACUUGCCGCGAAACGCCAUGGCAUCGACUUCGACAACCCCACCCACUCUCCGGCCGACCUCAAGACCGCAGGACUACUAUCUAUGGACAUGAUUACAUCCUGCGUUGACUACUACUUCGCUCAUCUGUAUCCGACCCAGCCAAUCCUUCACCGUCAGAAAGUUGGGGAGACCAUAGGCCAAAUGGAGAACAAUAUCGAAGCCUAUUGUUUGGUAGUAUCACUCUGCGCCUACAUGAUGAUCCAACCGAAUAUGGUCAUCCCUCCAGAGGCGUUUGAAGGUUUGGAGGUCCCUCCGCAAUCAAGCCUCCAGCUGGGCCACACCCUUCUGGAAGAAGCUCUUCGAGUACGGAAAGGCCACAACUAUAUCGAAAACCCCUCGAUAUGGUCCGUCAUCACAUCAUUCUUCUUCUUCGGCAGCUAUUUCUGCUUGGAUCGACAGAAUACAGCCUGGUUCCAUCUACGAGAAGCGACGACGCUAGCGCAGAUCAUGGGCAUGCAUGAUGAAGUGAAUUACCAAUUGGAAGACAUUGUCGAGAGCUCAAGAAGACGGCGGUUAUACUGGCUUUUGUUCGUUACAGAACGAGCUUAUGCUUUGCAGCAGCAUAAGCCGCUUACACUGCAUGCUACCAUCAAUCUUCCGACGCUGGACGAGGACCCAGCAGAGACGGUGGAGCUGAAUGGAUUCAUCCACCUUGUCCACCUAUUUCGACCAUUCGACGACACCUUCGUGGGGCUCUGGAACAAAGCAAGGGUCGGGUGUACAACUGAAUGGCUCGCACGCCUACAGCAACAGCUUUCAGACGCUCUGCCAACAUACCUGCAAUGCACGGAGAGCCAGGCAGUGGAUCUGAGGACGUCACAGCAGUGGUUGAGGACAAUGGUGUGGCAACUCUCGAUCAGCCACGGCUUCCUCUCUUCUGCAGCGGCAGACAACGCAAUGAGCUUCAAGUUCCCGAUCGAAGUGUCCCGUGACUUGGUACAAUCGGCUACUCAAUUCACUCAAGCAUCGAUGGAGGUCCACGGCAUUGGACUAAUCGAGAAACUCUUCGACGUAGCCUGCACUCUUACCGAUGUCAUGUCCGUCAUCCCUCACGAGCAAUACACCUUCGAAUUCGGGCCACGCGACUAUCUCAACCAGCUCAUGUCCCUAAUUUCGACACUCCGAGGUGGCCGACAACGAUAUCUACCCUUACUCAUGCAGAAGAUCAACGACACCAUGGCCAACACCCCUGGCUACACGAUCCCCGCCAUCCCGCCAAGCAUUCGCGGAGAAGACUUAUACGAUGGAAGUCCAAGUCACAGUGGUGAUUCUACACCGUUCGGCAGCCCACUCAGUUCUGGUGCUCGCCCCUUUGGAGGAUACCCAGAGAUGGCUGUGAGUUCCGCGAUGCAAUACUCGCAGGCUCCCAUCCCAGUCUCUGCACCUGGUGGAAUGUUUGAGGAUGACUACUCGGGAAGUCAGGCCAAAUACGAGUCUAGUGGUUGA